AUGAUGAGCGCUAUAGAAAAGUCUGCUCAGAUAUCAACUACCAUCUCAAAAAGUUUCUGGGUAUAUCGGGAGCGCCGCCUAGCAUCUAAUAAUUCAAUGAAACAUCUUUAUACUUACCUUAAUAGCAAAAUGAAAUGUGGCUCUACUCUGCCCUCUUUAGUUGAUGAUAAUGGAUGUUGGUAUCAUACAGAUGCUGGCAAAGCGUCUGCCUUGGGUAACUUCUUUGCGAGAACAUUUAAUAGUCAAAGUUUUCCAUCCGCUGAGCCCCUAAGUUGUGGAUUACCAGCACAGCAUACUUUAUGUGACAUUUACUUCAAUUCUUUCAAUAUCUAUAAACUACUUAGACGUCUUAAACCCUCAGUUACGGAGCCUUAUGAUGGUAUCCCUCCAAUUAUCUAUGCUGAUGAUAUAAAACUGUAUGGAGUCUAUGACUGUUCCAAUCGUGACAGUGUCCUUACCUCUCUCAAACUAGCUAUAGAAAAGCUAAACACAUGGGCGUCUGAUCUUGAUUUAGCUAUGAAUCUAAACAAGUGUUACGUGCUUCAUAUUGGAGAUGAAGCUCCCAAUAUCUAUGAUAUUGAAGCGAGUCGACUUAUUGCGUGCACUAAACAUUGA